AUGGAUCCAAUCACAUUCAGCAUCAUUACCAUCAAUAUGAGUCUGCUCAUCACCAUGGCAAUAAGGACCACCAUGAGUCCCAUCAUCAUCAUGGAGACCAUCACCAGCGUGGAGACCGUUACAGUGAUCCCCAUCACCAUGGAGACAGUCACAGUGAGGGGCAUCACCACAGAUGCCUUCAUAGUGAGGCCCACAACAAUCAAAGAGAUCACUAUGGAGACCAGAACAAAGACCUCCAUGGUCACCACAGAGACCACAAUAGAGAGCAUAAUCAUCAACAUGGAGACCACAACAGAGAGCUCCGUCAUCACCAUGGAGACCAAAACAGAGACUCCAAUCAUCAUCAUGGAGACCAAAACAAAAACUCCCAUCAUCACCAUGGAGACAAAAACAGAGAACCCCAUCAUCACCAUGGAGACAAUGAUGGCGAACUCCAUCACCUCCAUGGAGAUCGGCACAUUGAGCCACAGAAUCAUCAUAACCAUAGAGACCAUGAAAAACGACUCCAUCAACACCAUGGAGACCGUAACAGAGAAUCCCAUCAUCGCCAUGGAGACCACAACAGAGCACCCCAUUAUCACCAUGGAGACCACAAAAAAGAACCCCAUCAUCACCAUGGAGACCCCAACAGAGAACCUCAUCAUCACCAUGGAGACCACAACAGAGAACCCCAUCAUCACCAUGGAAACCCCGAAAGAGAACCUCAUCACCAUGGAGGCCCUGACAGAGAACCCCAUCACUACCAUGGGGACCAUGCCAGAGAACCCCAUCAUCACCAUGGGGACCAUGACAGAGAACCCCAUCAUCACCAUGAAGACCAUCCUUCACAGACGAGCCACUCAAACCUUGAUGACCGUUAUGAUUCAGACCAGACCUGUCAGUGCGUCCAGUCAGGAGGAGGAGCAGACCAGCUUCAGUAACCCUUUACAUAACGAAACAGCAGAUGGAAUGGGUCGCAUUAUAAUACUACAAGAACAGAAUGAGGGAUUGCAGCAAAGUCUGUUGAAGACAGCAGUGAGAGUAGAGUGUCUGGGUGAAGAGUUCAUGAGCAGUCGCCACUGUUUAGAGGAAGAGCUUCAGAAAACCCGCAUGGAGCUCAGUAAUCUCACUGAGAGAUUUAAAAGAUUACAUGACAACUGCUCUUCGACCCAACAAACUAAUAGUUUUCUGGAGCAUAAACUUCAUUUGGUGAGCCAGAAUAUGGAAGGAGAACGCAAAAGGCUGAACACGCGUAUUUCAGCUUUAACAGAAAGAUUGGCUGAUGCAAAGUUUGUCAACAAUAUGGACACUGGCAAAGCAAGACAACAUCAGAUCCAAUCAGAUGUUGAUCCAACUGAUUCCCCCAUUGCCCCUCCUCCAGCUCAGUUCAUGGACAGUAUGAACGACAAUAUAGACAUCGAAGCAGGACAAGAGCAGUGUCUGGGGUCAGUCCCCGAGGAGGAAGAAUCUGAUUGCUUAGAGGAGAUUCCAUUGCCUCGUCGCACAAUAGCCAAAGAGCUCCGAGGCACAGAGGCCAUGAUGGACCUGCACCACUCAGGGGCAGGAGCUGGACACGACUUAGAUAAUGAGUUCAUCCAUCACCUGAAAAGCAGCAGGGAAACUGCGCUACGCAGAGAUUGCGGUGUUUCUGAAAUGGAUGCUGCCAUGUCCAAUUUGCAGUCAGCUGAACGCAUCCUGAACCACCUCAUAUCUGAAACACAGCAAACUGAAGCAGAGCGUUUUGGGGAAAUAAUUAAGACAAGUGCUUAG